AGUAAAGAAAUGCAACCCUGUCAAUAAAUUUCACAUCCAGAGGGCGCUACAAACAUUAAGUGUAAAAUGUCAACUGUCAAAUUAAGACGUUUUGACAACAUCCGUUUUUCCGUCUUUUUCGGCUUGAAAACGGUCUCUUCAAAAAGGGCAAAAUGUCGCUCGUUAUCCCAGAAAAGUUCCAACACAUUCUCCGUAUCAUGAAUACCAACAUUGACGGUAAACGUAAAGUUGGUAUCGCCAUGACAGCCAUUAAGGGUGUAGGUCGCCGCUACUCCAACAUUGUGUUGAAGAAGGCCGAUAUUGAUUUGACCAAGCGUGCUGGUGAAUGUACCGAUGAAGAGGUCGAGAAAAUCGUCACCAUCAUCACCAACCCCUUGCACUACAAAGUACCCAACUGGUUCUUGAAUAGACAAAAGGAUAUCAUUGAUGGUAAAUACAAUCAAUUGACUUCCUCCAAUUUGGAUUCCAAAUUGCGUGACGAUUUGGAACGUUUGAAGAAGAUCCGCUCUCACCGUGGUCUUCGUCACUACUGGGGUCUCCGUGUUCGUGGUCAACACACCAAGACUACCGGUCGUCGUGGUCGCACUGUCGGUGUAUCCAAGAAGAAGUAAACUUUCUAUGUUUCAUCUCUUUCUACUGUGUUAUGCCGAACUGCUGUUUUUUACUAUAAAAAUUGUUUUUUUUAUAUU